AUGUUCAAUAACAAAGUAACGGGUGCAAGCUCUGGAAUCGGAGCAGCAGCGGCACUCCUUUUUGCGAAAGAAGGUGCCAAUGUAGCAAUUGUUGCCAGAAAUCUUGCUAAACUUACCGACAUUGGCAAGAAAAUCGAAGCAACAGGCAAGAAACCACUCAUCAUCCAAGCUGAUAUCUCCAUCGAAGAAGAAGCUGAAACAGUAAUUCCAAAAACCAUCGAUAAUUUUGGUAAGUUGGAUGUACUUGUCAAUAACGCUGGCAUUAUUUCCCAAGGAUCUAUAAUGGACGGGAAAAUUGUAGAAGCGUACGAUGAAGUAAUGAAGACUAAUGUUCGAGCUGUAAUUCAUCUUACAAGCUUAGCUGCUCCAUAUUUAGCUAAGACAAAGGGAAAUAUAGUAAAUGUUUCAAGCGCUGCAGCAUUUAGACCAAGCAAAUUACCAACGAGCGCACCAUAUUACGUAUCAAAAGCAGCUUUAGAUCAUUUUUCAAGAUGUGCAGCUUUAGAAUUAGCAACUGAAGGAAUCAGAGUGAAUACAGUAAAUCCUGGGCCAGUAGACAACGAUUUUAUUACUAACAACGGCGGUGAUAAUAGCCGUAAAAGUGAACGUAAGAAAAUGAUGGAAAACUAUACUGCUCUCGGUUUUCUGUCAACGAAUGAAGAGAUUGGGGAUGUGAUAUUGUUUUUAGCUAGUGACAAAGCUAAAAGUGUUACUGGAUCUAGCUAUGUUACUGAUAGCGGUAUUCUUUUAAAGUAUUAA